UUAGGGACUCUACAAAAAGAACAAGAUUAACCUUAUUUCUCUUAUCAUUUUUUCACCUUAGCUGGAGAAUAUAUUUGAGAGAUUAAGAAUGAAUAUAAACUUUAUAAGUAUAUGUAUAGAUGAUUUGAUGAUUAAUUUUGUGAUUAUUAUAUCAGAACAAAAUUAGUUCUUCACUGAAUAUAAUUGAACAAAUUUUGAAAAGGUGCAGAAGAGGAAUUCGGUGUAGAAGGGUAAAGGAAGGUUGGAAUGUAAUUUGGUGGGUGCAAAGGGCAAGGGAAAUAGAGAGCGAGUGUGUGCGUGUGUGAGAGAGAUGGACCUGCUGGAAUUGGAGGCGGUGGAAGGGCUCCGGUGGACGUGGAAUUCGUGGGCGGCGGAGGGGACGAAUCUGGUGAUCCCUCUGAGCAUAAUGUGUAGUCCAUUGAUGGUGAGUGAGGUCCCUAUCCUCCCAUACCACCCUCUUCUCUGUUCGGGAUGCGCCGCCGUUUUGAACCCCUACGCACGCCUCGACUACCAGUCCCGCAUCUGGCACUGCCCCUUCUGCUUCCUCCGCAACCCCUUUCCCCGCCCCAUCGCCGACACCAACCUCCCUGCCGAACUCUUCCCCACCUACAGCACCGUCGAGUACUCUCCUUCUCUCCCCUCCUCCUCUCCCCCUCCCCCUCCCCCCGCCUUCGUCUUUCUCAUCGAUCUUUCCUCCCCCGACGACCAACUCACCGUCGAGUACUCUCCUUCUCUCCCCUCCUCCUCUCCCCCUCCCCCUCCCCCCGCCUUCGUCUUUCUCAUCGAUCUUUCCUCCCCCGACGACCAACUGCUCUCCCUCAAGAAGGACCUCCUCCUCCUCCUCCACCACCACUUCCCCGAUCACGCCCUCGUCGCUCUCCUCACCUUCGAUUCCAUGGUCUAUCUCCACCAUCUCGCCUCUUCCCCCUGUUCCUCCCUCCACCUCUUUCACGGCAGCCGCCAUCUCUCCUCCAAUCAGAUCCGCCAGUUCCUCAACAUCGGCCGCCCCCACCCGCUGCAUCACGGACACACCCCAAAACAGGAUUUUCUGUUGCCAUUUUCCGAAUGUGAAUUCUCCAUCACUUCUGCAAUUGAAGACAUCCAUUCCACAUUCUACUCCACCUCCGCCACUCGCCCUCCAAGGUGCACCGGCACUGCCAUUUCCGUCGCCCUCGGACUUCUAGAGUCUUGCCUUGUCACCACAGGCUCCAGGAUCAUGCUCUUCACCUCCGGACCUGCCACUAUCGGUCCCGGAAUCGUUGUUGAUUCUGAUCUCCGCCAACCCAUCAGAACCCACCAUCACAUCUUCAACAACCAAGCCAGACACCACGCCAACUCGUGCUCUUUCUAUAACCAACUCUCCAAGAGGCUAUCUGAUGCGUCUGUUAUUCUUGAUCUCUUUGCCUGUUCGCUCGACCAAGUUGGGGCCGCCGAGCUUCGACAACCUGUUGAGCAGUCUGGUGGAUUCAUGAUUCUCUCCGAAUCUUUCGAAUCCGAUCAGUUCAAGAAAUGUCUCGGGCAUAUGUUCAAGUCUGACAACCAGGGCCAUUUGAAGAUGAACUUUGAUGCCACUAUUGAGAUAGUUACCACCAAAGAUGUCCAAAUCUGUGGAGCACUUGGCCCUUGCGUGUCUCUGCAUAGAAAGAACAGUUUGGUGAGUGAUGCUGAGGUUGGACAAGGUGGCACCUCUUUGUGGAAGUUAAACACUCUUACUCACAAAACUUGCAUUGCUUUUUUCUUCCAAGUGAAUCAGCGGCAAAGAAUUCAACCCGGCUCCGCAUUUUUGAUUCAGUUUAUCACGCGGUACAGGCAGGGGAACAUGGAAUGCCGGAAAAGAGUGACAACUGCUGCUAGACGAUGGGUUGCAAACCAUUCUGCUGAUAUUGCUGCUGGAUUUGAUCAAGAAGCCGCCGCUGCAGUUAUGGCAAGACUUGCCAUUCUACGUGCACAGGAAUGCCAUCCCCGUGAUGUUAUUAGAUGGCUGGAUGACACGCUCAUACGUUUUACUUCUAAGUUUGGGGACUAUGUGCCAGAAGACCCAUCUUCCUUCCGCCUAUCCUCCAACUUUUCGCUCUAUCCCCAGUUUAUGUUUCACUUGAGGCGAUCUCAAUUCAUUGAUGUCUGUAACACUACUCCUGAUGAGACUGCUUUUUUCCGGCUCAUGCUGAACCGCGAGGGAGUUGUAGGAUCGCUUAUAAUGAUUCAACCUACGCUUUUCCAAUAUUCGUUUGAUGGUCCACCUGUUCCAGUACUGCUGGAUAUUCGUUCUGUUUCUCCGGAUUUUAUCUUGCUCUUUGAUUCUUUCUUCUAUGUGGUGAUUCAUCACGGGUCCAAGAUCGCUCAGUGGAGGAAGCUGGGUUAUGACAAGGACCCCAAUCAUGAGAACUUCAGAAAGCUGUUGGAAGCCCCGGAACUGGAUGCAGAGCAAUUGGUGGCCGACAGGGUUCCAGUGCCAAGGAUUAUAAGAUGUGAUCAGCAUAGUAGCCAGGCUAGAUUUCUUCUCGCCAAGUUGAAUCCAUCUGUUACUCAAAACUCAACCUACACAGAUGGAUCAGAUAUUAUAUUUACUGAUGAAAUGAGCUUGGAAGUUUUUCUAGAUCAGUUGCAGGUACUGGCAGUGCAAAGCUAGUAAAGCAGAAUACUAAUUUGGAUUAUUCUCUUUAUUAUGGACAUGUGAAAGAGUUUUUGAAAUUUGUAAGUAGUUUUCAAAGAAGAGGUUUCUUGUUUUCGGAAGAUUGUUUUUUUGAUGUUUACAUUUACGGACUUGUAAAUUAUAUCUGAUAUCUUCACUGUGAUUA